CUUGCUCUGCGCGCUUUCUCCGCCCCCGUCGCCAUUUUGCGCAGUGAACGCCGGCUCCCGUCCCGCUAUUUUCCUACAGAAUUUUCCCGCCUUCCCGCUCGCUUGCCGGAGAAUACUCACUGGAUCUCUCCCUGACAGAGGCCUUGGAGCACGGAGCUACCGCGGGCAAUUACUAGCGACUCGUGUGCACCGGAUGGCUGCGGAUUGUGUUUGGUGACAGCUCCCGGAGACCAGAGAGGAGGAGGAGCCGCCGCUCAGUGAGAAGUUAAAGCUACAGUGAGUGUGAGUUGGGUGGCGCUCUGGACUGGAGACUGGACGGCCUGGCUCAGAAUGAGGCAGCAUCCCAGCAUGCACUUGAACAAGCCACAAUCUCUACGGCCUCACAGGACAACAGCGCGGAGUCACCUGCAAGUGUUGCUAUGCAGUCCUGUCCUGCCCCACACCAGCUGCAGGCAUCAGACAAAAUGACGGGCAGUAACCCAGUGUCUCCCGGCUCCAGUGCAGAGCUGUCCCCCUUUGACCUCUCUGGUGAAAUGGGGGACACGGCUUGUGGCUCCCCCACUUACGAUGGGAUGGAUGGUUCCCAACAGGAUAAUAGUGGGGGGCAAAAAUGGGACGGCCAAUCAGAGAUUGCUGAACAAGCCAAACAUGAAGCCGAAAUAGAGAACCGCAUUGCUGAGCUGCGCAAGGAGGGGUUUUGGACUCCACGUCGUCUCUCCAAGGUUCCUGAGCCAACCCGUCCCAAAGUGCUGUGGGAUUACCUGUGUGAAGAGAUGCAGUGGCUUUCUGCAGAUUUUGCACAGGAACGUCGCUGGAAGAGGGGAGUUGCUAGAAAGCUGGUACGGAUGGUUGUUCGUCACCACGAGGAGCUGAAGCAGAAAGAAGAAAGAGCCCGUCGGGAAGAGCAAGCCAAGCUCAGGCGUAUUGCUACCACCAUCGCUAAGGAAGUGCGUCAGUUCUGGAGUAAUGUCGAGAAGGUUGUUCAGUUUAAGCAACAAUCUCGACUAGAGGAGAAGCGGAAAAAAGCACUUGACCUGCAGCUGGAUUUCAUCGUGGGUCAGACAGAAAAAUAUUCCGACCUUCUCAGCCAGAGUUUAAAUGAGACGUUGCUCCCUGUCAGCAAGUCGAGCUCCUCCUGCAUUGGAUCUUCCCAGGGAGGUUCUUUAAGGACCAGCCCCACUCCAUCUGUCCACCAUAAUUAUGAUGGGGAUUUCCUGCCCCACGAUGAGGAAGACGAUGAAGAGACCAUAGAGAUAGAGGAGCGUCAGGAUGGAAAUGAUGCAGAGAGCCAGAGGCUGGAGAUAGAGCUUCUGAAAAAGGAGAGCGAACUUCCUUUGGAGGAAUUGCUCGAGAGUUUGGGGCCCAAUUUUCUCCAAGAUGUAGAUCCAGAUCAGGACAUGCAGGAAUCCGAUUCCCCUCUAUUGCCCCAAGUCUUUGAGGAGGAAGAUGGCGAGUUCACCGUUAACGAGGAAGAAGGUGAAGAUGAGGAGGAGACAAUCGAGGCUGAAGAAGCGCUAGAGGGCCAGCAAGAUCAUGCAGAGGAACUGUCUGAGCUUGCCAAAGAAGGAGAACUGUCUUUAGAGGAACUCCUGCAGAAAUACUCAAUGGUAAAGACAGAUGAGGAGAUAUUUGAUCCAAGUGAAGAAAGUCAGCAAUCUGACCAAUUGUCUGAUUCUUCUCAUUGUGAGAAUUCUGACUCUGAUUCUGAAGGGGUUGAAUUUCUUGUGAAGCCAGAAGACCGCUCCAAUGAAGAUUCGUUGCUUCAGGAGAUACCUGAGCCUAAAAAAGAAAUUACUGAUAUUGCAGCAACUGCAGAGUCCUUUCAACCCAAAGGAUACACGCUGGCGACUACUCAGGUGAAGACGCCAGUCCCAUUCCUCCUUCGAGGGGAGUUAAGAGAGUAUCAGCACAUUGGGCUGGAGUGGCUAGUUACCAUGUAUGAAAAAAAACUAAAUGGGAUCCUGGCAGACGAAAUGGGUUUGGGAAAAACCAUUCAGACUAUAUCCUUGCUGGCCCACCUGGCAUGUGACAAAGGUAACUGGGGACCUCACCUGAUCAUUGUACCAACAAGUGUUAUCCUUAACUGGGAAAUGGAAUUCAAACGGUGGUGUCCCAGCUUUAAGAUCCUCACCUAUUACGGCUCCCAAAAAGAACGCAAGCUUAAAAGACAGGGCUGGACCAAAUUCAACGCUUUCCACGUGUGCAUCACAUCUUAUCAGUUGGUGCUGCAAGAUCACCAGGCCUUCCGCAGAAAAAACUGGAUAUACCUCAUCCUGGAUGAGGCUCAGAACAUCAAGAAUUUCAAGUCCCAGCGCUGGCAAAGCUUGCUAAAUUUUAACAGUCAGAGGCGACUUCUACUCACUGGGACUCCACUGCAGAAUUCUCUUAUGGAGCUUUGGUCACUCAUGCACUUCCUGAUGCCUCACGUCUUCCAGUCUCACCGUGAGUUUAAGGAAUGGUUCUCGAACCCCUUGACUGGCAUGAUUGAAGGAAGCCAGGAGUACAACGAGGGCCUGGUGCGCAGGCUGCACAAGGUAUUGCGUCCAUUCCUUUUGCGCAGGAUUAAGCUGGACGUGGAAAAACAGAUGCCUAAAAAGUAUGAGCAUGUUAUCUACUGCCGUUUAUCCAAGCGCCAACGAUUUCUCUACGAUGACUUCAUGUCCCAAGCAGCCACUAAAGAGACCCUGGCUAGUGGACAUUUCAUGAGUGUGAUCAACAUCCUAAUGCAACUGCGCAAAGUAUGCAAUCAUCCCAACUUGUUUGAUCCACGCCCAAUCCACUCUCCUUUUAUUACAAGGACCAUUUGCUACACUGUACCAUCCCUGGUUCUGCAAGCUCUGCAUCGUCACCCGCUCCAGCACGUGGACAUGUCCAUGUUCGACCUGAUUAACAUGGAGGGACGAGUGUGCCGCUAUGGGAGUGAAGCCGCUCUGCCGCAGUAUAAACCUUCACGUGUGCUAAUCCAAGAGAUUGCAGAUUCUCCUGAACCCCCUCCACGUCUCCGCCCCCUUCGUAUGAAGGUUAACAGAAUGAUUCAGCCUGUUCCUAAAACGGACCCCAGGAAUAUUGUCGUUGUGAACAGUUCGCGGCCAACACAGAAACCUUUGGAUCUGCCACCCUGCACUGCUCACCCACAUUUGCCUUCUGCUCUGCAUACAACACCUACUCCCAGCUCGUCUUCAUUGACUGGAGCCAUAGAACCAUCUAUACCGGCAACACCUGCACAGGCAACCCCUCCGUUGGUUCAGUUCCCUGCAGGACCAAUGGCUGCAAUUGCUCCUGGUACAAUAAGGCCUCCAUCUGUUCAGAGCUCCCAGCCUGGAAUUGGUGCCCAGCAAAGGUUAAUCUUAACACCUGACAUGCAGGCCAGGCUACCUUCAGGGGAAGUGAUUAGCCUGUCUCAGCUUGCAUCAGUGAGUUCACGUCCUCUGCAAGCUCCUGCGGUCACUAAAGCUUUAACUCUGCAGCUGCAAGGUGCCAAGUUCACUCUGAGUGGUGCUCAAGUUCGACAGUUGGGUAUGGGCCAGCCCCGCCCAUUGCAAGGAAAUGUCCUUCACUUGGUGUCUUCUGGUGGGCAGCACCACUUGCUAAGCCAGCCCGCCCAGCUUGCUCUCAUCCAGGCUUUGGCUCAGCAAACCGCAGCCACUGCUCCCUCUGCUUCUCCACAGUUUAUGCAGGGAGCAGGUACCGCUCAGCUUGGGGUUCAGACGGUCUCCCUGCAAUCUCUUCCUCAUUCUCUAAUCACAGGUGCCAACCUUCCUGUACCCCCUCCGCCUGGCACUCCAUCUGGGCAGGGUGUGGUGAAAAUUGUGGUCAGGCAAGCGACGCGUGAUGUUCCUGCAGCUGCUCCUCGUCCAGCUCAACCUGUGCGUUUGCCACAAACUACUUCUCAUCCUUUUCUGAGGGUUUUACCAGGGGGAGUCCCUGAGCCUGCAAGCGCACGAUUAGUUGCUAGUGAAAAAACAGCACCUGUGGUUGCAUCUUCUGCUCUCACACUGGCUACCAGCCCUCUGCUUAUGGUCUCCAGUCCUGCUGUGGCUUCAAGACUUCCAUCUCCAGUUCCAAACCCCCUGCCACCUAUCCAUAACCAUUCUAUGACCCCCAGUACAGAGGGUUCCAUGACCCCAGCUGCUCCUCAAGGUGUGGCCCUGCGCUUACUCACCACAGGGACGUCUGCUGCACUUCAGCUCACAAACCAUCGCUCUUCCCCACCAAGUCACACACCCAGCCCUGCACUACCCAACUGUCCACUACAAAACACUCGCCUCCCACCCAGUUCCCCGUGUCAAGCAGUAAUUCCUGACUCUAACCUGUGUCCAGUCUUACAGAAAAUUCCAAGCGCUGAUAUAAACGCUGUCUUGGGAAUAGCGUCUAAUGAUGUUCAGGCUUCUCAGUCUUUUGCUAAUGGAAAUGUGAUUGGCUCUAACACAGUUGUCCUUCCUCAAAGUCCAGUAACAAAAGAGCCUACAGAUUCUGCUGCUUGUCAGACACCAUCUCCCCUGCUGCCGACUCUCUGCAUGCCUGGCACAAGCUCGGAUCCUGGAUUUUGUGUCAGCCCUCUGCUUAACAACAUGUCUCUCAACCCUCCUUCCCCACCUGUAAUGUCUAGUCUCAAUCACAACCUCAAUACUCCUAAACUGGUACCUCCAACAUACAAUUUCAGCUUGGUUCCUGCACUUCUUACCAACUCUGUCUCUUCCACCGCUUCCAACUUUAAUCCUGUGCCUACACGUUUCAUAAGUAGCCCAGUCUCUCUCCUGGCAUUAUCAGCGCUGCCCUCUGCUAAUAGCAGUGCAACUCCUAUCCUGUACCCUCAUCCCACUGCUAGUCCUGUACCCUCUCUUUCUUCCUCUUCGUUUGUUCCACAGAUACAAGCCAACCCUUCUCCUGCUUCAGCAUCAAACACUCUUCCUACUCCUCUUCCCUCUGUAACUGUCAACACCACUAAUGCUUCUGCUCCACUGCCCAUGCUCAAUGCAUCUCUAUCCCUCCCCAUUUCAACAUUAUCCUCCAAUGUGCCUGUCCCACUUUCUCCAUUGGUCCAAUCUGCCUCUGGCAAUCUUUCUUUGAUUGCUGCAACUUCUGUUUCCUCACCUUUGUUUUCUCUUACUUCCUCUGCUCCCUUGUCAUUGCCACUAGCUUUUGCAAAUACCCCCUUGCCUGCAGUUGAGUCAUCUACUCAACUGCCUGCUCAGGCCCCCGUGGCCGCAACAGCGGCUGCUGCCCAGGCCCCCUUUGCAGCCCCAGUGGUUGCUGCUGUGGCCUCCCCAGUGGCUACUACCCAGGCCUCCUUGGCUGGCCAGUCAGUUGCUGCCCAGGCCCCCUUGGCUGCUGCCCAGACCCAAGUGGCCACCCCAGCGGCUGCUGCCCUAGCCCCAGUGGCCUGCCCGCCCCCCUUGACGCCACCAGCAACUAUCCAGACCCCCAUACCUUUGGCAGCUCCUUCCCAGACCCCUCUAACUGCCCCGACUCCUGUCCUAGUCUCCACAGCCCAGUCACCAGGUCCCCUGGCUAAUCCAGCUGCAGACCACUGCUCUCUGGCUUUGCUGUCCCAGGUCCCAGUUUCUUUGGCUGCCCCAGCUCCUGCCCAGGCUACAUUGACUCCCCAGGGCACACUUCCUCUGGGCACCUCAACUUCUGUACAGGCCACUCCAGCUAUUGCAUCUCUGGCUGCCCAACUCACCACUGCUGCUCCUCCCCAGGCUUUUGUUACUUUAACUCCUGUAGCUUCUGCCCAGGUUCCAGUCGCUGCCCAGUCCCAGGUUCCAGUCGCUGCCCAGUCCCAGGUUCCAGUCGCUGCCCAGUCCCAGGUUCCAGUUUCAUUGGCCGCUCCUGCUGAGGUUCCUCUUGCUUCCCCAACCCAGGUUGCCUUCCCAUUAACUGCUCCAGCUGUUGUGGCUUCCCCAGUCCAGGUACCAGUUACUUUGACCUCCUCUUCACUGCCCCCCAGUCUUUCACCGCUGUGUUCCUUGCCAACAUCUUCCUCUGCACCAUUAAUGAAAACAUCAGCCCCCGUGUCUCCAUUGGUAGCGUCCGCUUCCCUUCUAAUGGCAGCCUCUGACUCCCCUCCCACAGUCACAGUCAGUUCCCCUGUCCCCUCAUUUGCAACUUCCAUUCCUGCACUUGGAGCAUCUGUCCAGUUACCUUUGCAGUUAUCUGCUGUACCUGCCCACAUACCUUCAGCACCUGCCCACAUGCCUUUACUGGCUGCCUCGGCACCAACACCUAUUCCAUCACUAGCCUCACGUGCCUCUGCUCCCCUUACCCCUUUGGCAGCUUAUGCCAGCGUUCCUCUGCCCACCUUAUCAGCUAAUGUAUCCGCUCCUCUUGCUUCUCCCCUGCCAUCUUCAUCCUCCACUAUAUACACCACACAGUCUUUUUCUGCCCCUACUGCACAUUUGUCCUCUAACUCUGUUUUCACAGUUAUCACCACAUCAUCGUUGACUUUAGGCACCUCUGCUUCAUCUUCUACCUCCUUUCCACUUACUUCUUGUGUUUCAGACCCAGGGCCAUCAUUAGUUUCCCCCUUUUCUGUUCCUUUAACUCCCAGUGCUCCCUCACCUGUAACUGCCCCAGAUCCUCCUUUAUCCCUGUCCAUUGAUGGCCCUUCAUCAUUUAGUGUAACUCUCGGCACUGCUUCAGAAGCUGAUUUAAUGCUAGAUGGAGAUGCUCCCCAUCCUACCAAUGCCCUACUUCUACAUGCCUCAAGACUACGCCGGCAGCUGCCUCCACCACCUCGGUCACCUUUCUAUCUGGAGCCACUGGAAAAUCGUCGGCGCAGACACAAAUUGGAAAGACUGGAUAGAAUCUUCCAUUUGAAUGAAAGGCGCUGUAAACUGACUCCCGUUUAUGGCACCGAAGUCCUUCAUUUCUGCACUCUACGCAAUACUGACUGGCGGUUGGGCUUCCCUAAUGAAUUCCCCAGUCCCCAGAAUCUGCACAAUUACUGGCUACAAAGCGAUGCCUUGAACAAGUUUAUUCUCACUCCCGCGCAACGCCUGGGGCAACUUGGCCCCAUCAUAGAAAGGUUUAUUGUCGCUAUGCCUCCCGUGGAGGCUCCACAAAUAACCCUGCACACUUCACACCCGCCGCCGUCGAUGCUGCUUCAGGAGUCCAUUUUCAGGGAGUCGCUGCGCAGAGAAUUGACUCCUCAUUCCCGCUGUUUACACCGCAUUGUGUCGAACAUGAGGUCCCAGUUUCCAGAUUUACGGCUCAUUCAGUAUGAUUGCGGGAAGCUCCAAACACUUGAUCGCUUGCUGCGUCAGUUAAAGACGGGAGGACACCGGGUCCUGUUGUUUACGCAGAUGACACGGAUGUUGGAUGUUUUAGAGCAGUUCCUUAAUUACCACGGGCACAUUUAUCUGCGACUUGAUGGGUCAACACGUGUUGAACAAAGACAGGUAUUGAUGGAGCGAUUUAACAUGGAUCGUCGGAUCUUCUGUUUCAUCCUGUCGACUCGCAGCGGGGGAGUUGGAGUCAAUCUGACGGGUGCCGAUACGGUCAUCUUCUAUGACAGCGACUGGAAUCCGACUAUGGAUGCCCAGGCACAGGACCGGUGUCACCGUAUCGGUCAGACUCGUGAUGUGCACAUAUACAGAUUGGUCAGCGAGCGAACUGUGGAGGAGAACAUCCUGAAGAAAGCUCAGCAGAAGCGAAUGUUGGGUGAUAUGGCCAUCGAAGGAGGAAACUUUACCACAGCCUACUUCAAACAGCAAACCAUCAGGGAGCUGUUUGAUAUGGAAGAGCCCCCACGAAAGGAGGUGGAAGCCAGAGCUGCAUCUCCAGAGGAUGGCACGGUGGAAGAUGGAAGCACGGCACAAAAUGCAAACAUUCUAGAACAGGCCCUCUGCAGAGCCGAGGAUGAGGAGGACACCUUAGCCGCCUCGCUGGUUCGUGCUGAGCAGGUUGCGGACCUUGCAGAGUUUAAUGAGAAUGCUCCUUUAGAAGCAGAGGAGGAAGAACAGAGUAGGGCUGAGCAAGAAAUAAAUGCCUUGGUUGAGCAGCUCACUCCCAUUGAAAGAUAUGCCAUGUACUUUCUGGAAGCCUCACUGGAAGACAUAAGCCGGGAGGAGCUGAAACAAGCCGAGGAGCAAGUAGAAGCUGCACGGAAAGACCUUUUCCUGGCUAAAGAAGACCUUGGUCCUUCUCUCGACGACACGUGGGAGGAAGAGAGUAGAAAGAACCGCAAGGUACGGGCCCCGCCUUCAAGCAAAGCACCUGGAGAGAGAGUUGGGGUCCGCAUGAGUGAGCGAUUGCGUGGGGCCAGGACAGCAGAUGGUGCAGACCUGACAGACGGUCCAGUUAUGCUUGAAACCUCAUCUCUUGACCAAGAAACCUUGGAAGACAAUGCAUCAAUAAUCUCACAGACAGAGAACACAGUCCCAGAGCUGAACGAUUCUCUUAAUUACAAGGAGGCCUCCAGCAGUCCAUCAUCAAACCAGCAGUGUCCUUCAACCCCAUUAGCACCCACCACUUCUCCACCAACAGAGACCUCUCCGCAGUUGUCCUGUUCUGUGAAGGAAGAGCAUACAGAAGAGUCUGCUCUGUCUGACAGUGAAAGACAGCUUGUGCCAAAAUCUGACCCCAGUCCUUCCAGCGCAGUUCCCCAGGACAUGGAGAGCAGCACUCCCCGUACACCACGCAGGAAAGUUACUGCCGACUGUGAAAUUCUAAUGGCCGGUGCAGGGGACACUUCCCCAACUGAAAAAGUCCUGAGGCGGCUGCCUGGUCGUCUGGUGACUGUAGUGCAGGAGCGGCCCCCUGUUUCACGCCGACACAAUCGUGGUAAAGGAAGUUGUCCUUCAGCUGAUCCCCAAAGCCCCCCUCCUUCCCAACUGUCAGACGAUACCUCGGAGGCUGGCAGUCCCCCGCCGAAGAGGAAAAGGGGCAGACCACCAAAGUCAAAAGCAGAAAUGUCUCCAACAGAGGCCGUGUCUGAUAUUUCGCCUUUAGAAAGUUCUGCAGUGGAAGAGGCUUCUGAUUUGGAGGCUUCUCUUUUGGAAAAACAUAGUUACAAAGGCCUUUCGCCCCCGGGAUCUAGUUCAGAAGUGGCCGUAUCCACUAAGCCUGUCCAUGUACCUGGCAGCCCUGCGUCAUGUGCAAAACUCAACUUUGAUAUCGAAAAUAGUUCCUCUGUUGAAAAGAGGAAAAGGGGAAGGCCCCCCAAAAGGAGAGAAGGGGUAGCAACUUCUCCAAUUGCCCCUUCGUCUUCUGCUGAACCUGCACUGGAGCUGCUUUCUCCCACUGACGACCCAGGCGCAAGUACCACUUCUGUAACGAAAUCCAGCACGAAUGAACCCACUUCUCAUCCCAUCAUUCCUAUGGCUUCUUCCAACAUUCCUGAGGCAGGGGUGGUUGUCGAGGGCACAAGCAGCAGCGGAGGUGAUGGACCGAUAACCCCUCCUAAACGGAAACGGGGCCGCCCCCCCAAGUCACAGGCUCACGCGCUCUCAAGUCCAAACUUGCACAAUGAAAAAAGGGACAGCUCUCCUGACAGGUCACCCAGCCUCCACCACACAAAGCCUCCUUUGGGGAGGAAGAAGAAAGCAGCCUCGCCUUCUCCCAAGAAGGACGAGGAGCACACAGCUUCCGCUGAUACUGAUAACUCCUCGGAUGAAGAGGAGGAGACUGUAAGGACUCCACUCACCCGCAGCGCCAGGACACGUUUGCAGCCCAACCAGGUGCCACUUGUAACCACUCCAAACCCAAAUUCUGCCGGUAAAUCCCUCAGAGGACGUUCACCCUGUUCUCCCCACCUCCAAGGGAGACCUGACAAAAGGCGUAAACCUCCCAAAAUAAGCUCCCCGAGUCCCCCGUCCUCAUCACCCCACGGCAGUUCUAGUGAAAGACAUUCUAAUGGUGGGAGAAAGCGCCACUGCCCACCCGCAGAACAACGUAUUCUGCGCAGCUCAAUCGCAGCCCCUCCUUCCAGUAACACUCGCUCCUCCCGCCCCCCUCCCUCACUUCCCAACUCUCCCAGCAGCCACAGAGGCAGGAAAGCCAAGACGUGAGUGUUUCUCCCAGGACAUUUGGCUGCGUUUUACCCCAGGUGAGGAGCCUCCCCUUGCACAGACUGGAGGGUCAGGGGAGAGACUUCUAUCUGCCCGAGAGCACUAAAAAAAAAAAAAAAAAAAAAGACUGCCCCAAAUGUGCUGCAACACAGAGUAACUUCCCCGGAGAGAACUCUGCACAGCCCCAUCACUGACAAAUAACCAAAAUCUAUGCAAAGAGGCUCGAGAGGCCGUGAAGAGAAGCUGGAGUCCGAUUUGUUAUAAAGUGGUUUCACAUGUUGAGUUAUCGUUGGGAAUUGCUGGGAUUUUGGGGGUGUUGGGCCCUGUAAGUAUUGGACAGACAGACAGCCUCCGGUUUCUGGAGCUUUGUCUGUCUCUGGGUCCUGGACCUGUGGGCCCCCGGGGGCUGGAUGUUUGGGCAUGUUUCUACACAAGUCCCUGUACUUUCAUGAAAAUAAAGUGUUGAGUAAAAUGUG